GUCUUAAAAAUCUUUAUUGAUCAAGCUAGCAUCUGAAAGGCCAAAAAACAGGUUUUCUGUCAUAGCCAAAGAUUUGCAGUUAUUUAAGGGCAGCUUUUUGUAGCAGCUGCGUGAGAAACGUCUACACUUUUCCCCCCUCCUUUUUUACUUUAUCAAGCUUCAACAUUAGGGGCUUGAGAGAGGAAAGUGUCCAAAGUGUCUUAUUUUGCUUGAAUUGCCAAAGAUCAAGAUUGUUUGGGAUAUAUGGGUUUGCACUGUAUUAUUUAAUAUAGCAAAAUAAGCCCUAUUGAUCAGUUAUUUGCUUCCAAGUUUCUGUAAACGAUUAACGAAAUCCGAAUUAUACUGCAUAUACAUACCUACGAGGCCGGAGGAUGUCGCUGGGUCGGCUGUCGGUGGGCGUGUCGGCCGGCCUGGGCGGCUGGCUGGCCGGCUGGCUGUGCAGCACCAAGUCCGAGGCGCCCCCGCGACUACGGCCGCUGCCCGGCCACCCCAUGUUCGGCACCGUGUCGGCCGCGAUGCCCGUGCCCGCCGACGCGCCUAUGAGAGACGUCGGCACCAUCGACCCGGCGCCGGCCAAAAACGCCAGCCGGGUGUCGCAGAUCAUGCGUUUCGGCUUUCCCGGCCUGGACAACGUACGCUCGCAGAGUGACUACGUGUUAUCCUACGACCGCCGUGCGCGCGUGCCGCAUUGGGUGUUUGAACACCUGACAGCGGAGAGCGUGCAGAGGAACGACGAGGUGGACCGGGCCGGCUGCGCCUUCAACGCGGACGAAUCCAUCCACCCGUACUUCAGGGCGGAGAACAGCGACUACAAGGGCAGCGGGUACGACCGAGGUCACAUGGCAGCGGCGGCCAACCACCGGGUGUGCCAGCAGCACCAGCAGGAGACGUUCCUGUUGUCCAACAUGGCGCCGCAGGUCGGCAUUGGGUUCAACCGCGACAAAUGGAACGACCUGGAGAUGCACGUGCGAAAACUGUGCAAGGUGUUCACGAAUGUGUAUGUGUGCACCGGACCACUUUAUCUGCCCAGGCGCGAGGCGGACGGUCGUCAGCGCGUGAGUUACGAGGUGAUCGGCCGUAACCAGGUGGCCGUGCCGACCCACUUCUACAAGGUGGUGGUGGCCGAGUCGCCGGCUGGACACCUGGAGAUGGAGGCCUACGUGAUGCCCAACCAGGCCAUCCCCAACGAGACGCCCAUCGCCAACUUCCUGGUACCCCCGGAUGUCAUCGAGCGAGCAGCCGGCCUUCUGUUCUUCGACAGAAUGGACCGAAGCCGGCUGAAACGUGUCAACGGACGGAAAACUACCUGGCUUUGAUCUCAACGGAACUAGCAUGAUGAAGGAAACCGAUGUUUUUCAAACAUGUGACAACCGUUUUGCCGUGAAACGUGAACGUUUCGAAAGGGCAAAGUUCAUUAACUGCCAAAACUAGUCUUGCCACAGGCUGUUGGCUGUUUGACAAUGGCAUAGUUGUUUGGGAUGUUGGGGCGGCUGGUCAACCAUGUUGUUACGUGGCAUUUGACUGGAGGAGGAGCGUGCCAGUUUUUGGGCGUUGUUUGUUGUGGGAUGGGAUGGUUCCUGCAAUCACCAGGGAGCGUUUAGGCAUCCGACGAGGAAUUGGAAUUGAGAGUGCCUAUUUGCCGCAUUGUGGAGCAAUAACUGCAAUGGUUUGUUUUUUGUUGUGGAUUCCCUCCUCCGAAAUGAAACGGAAUGGUAUAGUUGGAACGUUUUAUGAUCAUCGAACCCGUCCAGGCGGAGAACCCGUCGGAAUGGAUCCAUACUGAGUAUGACCCAAGGCGCUAUGUAGUAUGUACGCUACGCUCUGACUUGCGUGGUCAACCGUUGAUGUUCAGUGACAUAUGACAUGAUGACGUGAUUGACAAUAAAUAAAAUGCUCAUU